AUGGACUAUGAUAGCUUUGACGCUCUCGUCCAAUACCUCUUCAAAAAGACGCAAGGGGACGCGUGGUUCAAGCCGUCCGAGGAGAACGUGAGCGCAGGUGUCUGCCUGCGCGUUGAGUCGGGUUUGUUCAGGGUUUUCCCUUACGAAAAUCCGUUCCUCGUUCCUUUUGAGGCUGCAGUGAGGGCUCUCAACCCUCUCGUAGCUAUCAAGGUCAGAAGUGCUGCCGUUCACGCUGCCCUCUCCACUGUUCCCGACGAUGCCACCGCCAUCUACAUUGACCGAGAUACCCGCAUUCAAAUCUUGGACACGAUGGCCCAUCUCCCCCAGGCCGAGAAAGAGCAAUGUGGUGCUUUCUUGCGCGACGAACGAGUCCUUAUUGUCUGGUCAGACGACAUCGACUCGAUUGUUCCACUUUGUGCCGACUUUGAAGAAAAGCUGGUCAAACUCGUCUGGCGAUCUCGAACGGCGUCUGCAUCCAUCAUCACCGCUGGUUCAGUCCCUGCUUCGGUUGCACCAUCGACUACCGCUUCUGAUGUCAACCUUACCGAAAAACCUUCCCCUCCUUCUCUCCCUUCCGUUGCCGAAGCUGCCACCACUGUGGCUACCACUGCUCCGCCUUCCCCCAAGUCACGAUGGUGGUGGAGUUGGAAGCUCGGAAAACGUUCAACAACACCGGCCCCCCGAGAUAUCGAGAGACAAUCUACCUCCGGCCGUGAGGCACGUCCUAUCCGACUCUUUGCUCCUUUUUACGGAGGGUUGGGUGCUGGGCUUUCGCUGUUCUUUAUCUGCAGUGGUUUCGAGAUCCUGCUGACAGAAUGGCGCAUGGAUGGCAACGCUCGUCGUUUCGCCCUCAUGGUUACGGCUCCCUUCCUUGUCUGCGUGGCUCUGUUCUUCGCGCUCCAAGUUAUUGGAGCCAUUUCGUUCUUGAUUGGUCCCGUUGCUCAGUACCACGAGAAUUCCCGGUACUAUUCUGCCGUCCGUCCCGAGCCCAAUCCAGCUGUCGAUCGAGCACUCCCGCACGUUACCGUCGAGUUACCCGUCUAUAAGGAAAGCUUGGAAGAAACGAUCGCACCCUCCGUGUUCUCCAUCAAAAAAGCUAUGCAAACCUACGCACGUCAAGGAGGAACUUCGUCGAUAUUCGUUCAUGAUGAUGGGCUGCAACUGAUCUCAGAGGCAGAACGUUCAAAACGUAUCCAAUUCUAUGCAGACCACAGCAUAGGAUGGGUCGCUCGGCCAAAACAUGACACCAAACCUGGUGGAUACUUCCGAGCAGGUCGAUUCAAAAAGGCAUCGAAUAUGAACUACGGGCUAGCUCUCUCUCUUCGUAUGGAGGCCCACAUUGCUGCUCUCGAAGAACGCGAGAGCGCGGGAGAGGACCUUGAACUCGGUCAAGACGAGUCACUGGAAGAUCGUGCGUUGUCAUUGGCUGUUGAGGAGGUUGCAGUUGAAAGUGGACACCGGCCGUGGGCUGCCAAUGCGCGUUCAUUGCGCGUUGGAGAGCUCAUUCUAAUUUGCGACUCGGACACUAUCGUGCCUGAAGAUUGUUUCCGUGAUGCCGCCCGCGAGUUGGCUGAAUGCCCCGAAGUCGCUGUUAUCCAACACGAGUCGGACGUCAUGCAAGUGGCCCACCACUUUUUCGAAAACGGUAUCGCACAUUUCACGCGGCGCAUCAACAAGUGCAUUUCAAUGGGAUGUGCUAAUGGCGAGGUCGCUCCUUUCGUCGGUCACAACGCCUUCCUCCGCUGGUCAGCUAUUCAGGACGCCGCUUUCGUUGAUGUCGACGGAGUCACGAAGAUCUGGUCGGAGUCGAACGUCUCGGAAGACUUCGACAUGGCCCUUCGGUUGCAACUCCAAGGCUAUAUCAUUCGCUGGGCUACAUACAGCGAGGGGGGAUUCAAAGAAGGAGUGUCAUUGACGGUCGCGGACGAGCUCAAUCGUUGGCAGAAGUACUCGUAUGGAUGCAACGAGCUCAUCUUCAACCCAUUGAAGGAUUGGUGGCGCAUGGGUCCUAUUACUAAGCAACUUCGCACAUUCAUUUGGUCGGACGCUCCGGUCCACUAUAAGAUUAGCAUGUCUUCGUACAUGUUUUCUUAUUAUGGAAUUGCAGCGUCAACGAUUUUGUCGAUCAUCAACUACCUCGUUCUGGGCUUUGCGCUUGAUGUUGACGGGUUCUACAUGCACUCGUUCGAGAUCUGGCUCGCAUGCAUGAUCGUCUUCCCUUGCGCGGGAAAUGUUGGCUUUACGCUGUUGGAAUACCGUCUCGGUAUCAGGAGUAUCUUUGCUGCCGCCGUCGAAAAUCUGACAUGGGUGCCCUUCUUCUUCUUCUUCUUUGGAGGACUGAGCAUCCACUUGUCAACGGCGUUGCUUGCCCAUAUGUUCUCGUACAACAUGACAUGGGGCGCGACCAUCAAGGAAGUCCAACGGUCCAACUUCUGGAUCGAGGUGCCCGAAAUCUGGAAGCGAUUCCGACUUGCUCUCUGUAUCUGCUUUGCCAUGAUCGCGAUGAUGAUUGUGCUGUCGCUACCAGUUGUUACCCCAGCAUGGCAGAUUCCAGGUUCAUCUUGGGCCGUGAUAUUACCGCUUGCACUCGUCGCGUCAGGCCACAUUCUUUUCCCGAUUGUGCUCAACCCAUGGCUUAUGAUAUUCUCCUACUGA